AUGUCUACGACAUCGAAUACACCGGCUCCCGUGGCCUCAAUGGACGUCGAUGAUAUGGACAUUGACUCCAGCGUCAAGCCCUCCACAACCAACAAUCCCACCACGAUAAACGACGAUGACGAUGACGAUCCAGUCACCGCAACAUAUAACGUCUUUAUCAAUCCAUCUCUACCGUUAGGCCGCCGUCUUCUCGUUCUCCAACAUCCCAAUCGCACCGAUGACUCUCCACGACCUCCCCCAACCGAAUUGCGCGUGAAGGCUCAAGCUGGUAUGGUUGAAGUCGAUGUACCCCUCGACAACACAGUCGCCUAUGAUCGGGAGAAGGGUCUUAGGUGGGGAAAGACAUUACAUGCUUCUAUGGCGACCAAGAAUGGUGGCAGUCAUGGUUUGGCUGGUGGUUUUGGCUUCGGUACGGUUCAGGCUCGAGGUGGCAGGAAAAAGGCCGAGGACGAAGGAGAGAACGUGGAUUGGGCAGAGGCCGUCAGGCAGGAUAAAGUACUUCGGACACAGACCCUUGGUGGGCAGUAUCCUGAGUAUAAGGAGGUCCAGCAUAUGGUUGGUGUCUUUCAAGGCAAGGACUUACAUCUUACGCCUGUAUCAUCACUUGUCCAUCUACGCCCACAACUUCACCACAUUGACGCAGCCGUUCAACAAGAACGCCAAGCCGCAGCUACCAAGGAGUCGGCUCCAAGCACAGCAGGCGGCACCGCUCGCGCAAUUCAUAUGACUGUUAAGGCUACUGGCGAUGGUGAUACAGUUACCACCGAAACCAUGGCUGAUCGUCUAAGAGCUGUGCAGACAGAGCACUGGCGAACUAUGCACUACACAGAUGAGAAUGAGGAGGCUGCAUGGGAGGUUUAUAACGAAAGCCUCUUCCUGCGCCCUACUCAAGAAGGGGCCGCGGAAGAAGCAGAGAAAGCCGAUGAUGCUGAGGAAAAUGAACCACCACUUGAAGAGUCCGUGCCAAAGUUCGCUCGUCGAUGGGAUGAUGAUGAGCUACUUGAGGCUGUUAGUGGUAUCAAGAAGCCACAGCCGGCGCCAGAGCCAGUUAAAGAGAAUCCCAAGCCAAUUGCUCCCACCAAGCAGCCAGAGCAACCUGCGCCAGCGUCGGAAGAGGCACGAAAGCCCAAGCUUCGCCCACGAGGCGGAGCGGCUGGAAGCGUUCCUCGACGGGGAGGUAGACCUCGAGCUACGGCUUCAAAGACGGCCAACGUUGAUGGAUGA